UGCGUUGGGGGGAUAGAAUGCGCCGGAGCCAAUGGGAGCGCCGUCGGGUCCGUGCCGCGCCGGGCUGCGCCGCGCCAGGGCCAGCUGUGGGGUGCGUGCGUGGGGCUGGUCAUGUGUGUGGACGGAGGAGGAAGCUGACCCGCUGCGGCAGGCGAGCGAGGCUCCGGAUCCUUGAGUAAAAUACUGCAGAGAGGAGGAGAUGAUGAUGUGGAUAUUACAGCUUUUCCAUGCAUUAAAGGUCUGCUUUUGCUUAUGGGCUUGAGCAGUGCUUGGCCGUGCCCCUCCUGAGUGUUCCUUGGAAAAGCGAUGAUGAUCACGUUCAUGAACAACUCGGACAGCGAGGAGGAGCCCUGCAAUGAGAGAACGUCUCUGAUGUCUGCAGAGAGCCCUCCAGUACCCUCCUACCAGGAUGGCCUGCAAGCCUCAGAAGCAGGGGAAGCACAGACACACAGGAAGAGACGAACAGGUGGCAGCCAUAGCCCUAACAAUGCUGCUGAUGGGAAUAUGUCUGGCUCGAGUGUCCCAGUGAGAGAGAGUGCCUCGGAAAAUGAAGAGGAGGAACUGACUCUGAAAUAUGGAGCAAAGCAUGUAAUCAUGCUCUUUGUGCCUGUCACCCUUUGUAUGAUUGUUGUCGUCGCCACCAUAAAGUCAGUGCGCUUCUAUACGGAGAAAAACGGGCAGCUGAUCUACACACCUUUCAGUGAGGAUACCCCAUCUGUGGGCCAGCGUCUCUUGAACUCAGUGUUGAACACCAUCAUAAUGAUCAGCGUCAUUGUUGUAAUGACUGUAUUCCUAGUUCUGCUCUAUAAAUAUCGCUGCUACAAGUUCAUCCAUGGCUGGCUGAUCCUGUCCUCUCUGAUGCUGCUCUUCCUUUUCACCUACAUAUAUCUUGGGGAAGUACUGAAGACGUAUAACGUGGCCAUGGAUUACCCCACUCUCAUUUUAGUCAUCUGGAAUUUUGGGGCUGUUGGAAUGAUUUGUAUCCACUGGAAAGGUCCCUUGCAGCUCCAGCAAGCAUAUCUCAUUAUGAUCAGUGCUCUAAUGGCACUGGUUUUCAUUAAAUAUCUCCCUGAGUGGUCAGCAUGGGUCAUUCUAGGUGCCAUCUCUAUCUAUGAUCUGAUGGCAGUUCUCUGUCCCAAGGGGCCACUAAGAAUGCUGGUAGAAACUGCACAGGAGAGAAAUGAACCCAUUUUUCCUGCGCUGAUAUAUUCUUCUGCUAUGAUAUGGACAGUUGGAAUGGCAAAGCCAGACACAGCAGCAAGAGGACCAAGUCAGCAGACAUGGGAUACAGCUGAGGAUGGAAGAGAGAACCACAGAAGCCCUUCGCACUCAGACUCUGAAAUUUUGGAGACAAGGAGUCCUGUUCCAACCCACCCCAUCACUUCUUUAGAGGAGCUGGAGGAGGAGGAAAGGGGGGUGAAGCUGGGCCUUGGAGACUUCAUAUUUUACAGUGUGCUUGUUGGGAAAGCAGCUGCCACAGCUAGUGGAGACUGGAAUACUACACUGGCCUGUUUUGUAGCCAUCCUCAUAGGUUUAUGUUUAACUCUUUUACUACUGGCUGUUUUUAAGAAAGCAUUGCCUGCUCUUCCCAUCUCUAUCACCUUUGGCUUGGUCUUUUACUUCUCGACAGACAACCUUGUGCGACCAUUCAUGGAUACCCUGGCUUCCCACCAGCUGUAUAUUUAGACGGAGAAGAGGUGGAAGUUAGAGAAGUGUGGUGUUUGUUUUUUUUUCUUUCUUUUUUUUUUUUUUUUUGAAAGCUUUGCUGUGAAGUAUGGUAUGCUGUCUGGAAUAAGUCAUUAAGUUUUACACUUAGUGCCAUAUAUUUUUUAAGGAAAACACUAACUCUGUGACAUGAUAUGUACUAAAAAUCUAGUAGUUACAUCUUAGACUGAGAAUUUUCACAGGAGCCCUAAGUCUUUUGGACUCCAGUGAAAAGCCUGGCUCAUUGCUGACGUCAGAGCAUUACUUAAAUGUAUUUGAAGCGUACGCUGGCUGUUUUGAGCACAGAAGCCUGCAUGUAGCAUGGACUGGUGGACAGAUGAAGGAUCUGAUCUGUGCUUCCAGGAGCUAAGGCAUUUUAGUCCUGGAAUUGCAGUGAAGUUUAAUUGUGCUCUGUAAUUGUUAACACUUUAGUGUAUUGAAGUGUUGUACAAACAUGGAGCAAAAGUAAGUCAUACCUGUAAUUAAAAAAAAAAAAGCAGUCACAUGCACAGAGCAGUGUCACGCCUGGUCGUGAGCAUUGGACAGAAGUGUGGGGCCCAACUUCAUAAGCUGGUGUCCGUGAACAUAACUUCUGUUGAAAUUGCCUCAAAUGCCUAUUUAUUCUGACCCUAAUGAGAUGUGGUGAGCAAUGAUGGAUCCAGACAGGACAUCAGCAAAAGGAAGUUCAAACGCCAGGCUUCUGGUUCUGAGUGCAUCCACCAUUGUUUCUAACAGCUGAAGGCAAGGCUGGUCGUUCCAGGGCCUCAGAUCCUCAGUGCGGGAAGGCAGAGUGGUGGUGGGUUUUUUUGUUUUUUGUUUUUUACUUCUCCUGUUUUUCUUGUCUCUUCCCAGCACUUUAUUUUUUAGGAAACCUCUCUCUGGGUCCAUAUUACAAUCCUCAAAUUGGCAUAAGGUGGAAUUACUGCACAACUCCAGUAAAUCAAUUGACCUGUGACUUCUUGUGUGGUCUCAUUUCUGUGCGUUCUGUAAUCAUUCCAAGGAGGAUUUACUUUCCCUUUAUGUGGAGGUCCUCUAAUACUGAUUGAGGCUUGGCUUACCUGGUUUUUGAUACUAUUUAAAGACUUUUUAUUACAAUUUUUAAAAUAGCUAUUUAAUGUAAAAGAGACUUAUUUGAAAAUACCCUGUCAUAGUUUGUAUCAAAAUAUGGGGGUGCAAGUUUUAAUCUGCUGUUACCUUACUCUAAAUAAGGCAUCAUUACUGCUGGGAAUAUUUACACAGCCUCAAGUGAGUUCAUUUAAAAAAAAAAAAAAAUCACAGUGCUUGUUGCCAGUAAAAGAUACACAUCUGACUCAGUCCUACUGUUAGAUUUAUUUAAUCACUCUGACUUCUUCUCCACAUUUUAAAAGCAAUUUCUUUCUCCUCCAAGAGUCAGUUUCUUAGAAACAAGCGACUUCUGUGAUUUUUCUUUUUUCUUGUACUUGAGUGUCUAUUACUCAAGUAAGCUCUGUUUUCUUUGACAACUGAUGGAUGUCAGUGUUUCAAAAUGUAACAUUACGCAAGGUUUUGUGAACAAUGCAAUGUCAUUGAGAGAUGCAGAACUUCAUGUCUGAAAUACUUUUUAGAUAAGGCUUUGAAUUAUGUAUUUUUAAGAUAGUGCUUUUUCCAAUAGACUUGUUAAAGCUAAUCUACUUUGAUAUUUAACAAGGACAUCAUGCAGGUGAUUUAAACAAAUUUUUAAAAAAUAUGUAAGUGUUUGUAUGAGCUUUGUGUGUCUCUGAACAAGUAAUUUCUGCUCUUUGUUUA